CUGGGACCCCCCUUGCUUUCCUGUAUAAGAAGAUGCAGCACUACAGUCACAUUCUCCACAUUGUGUUGAUCUUCACACAGCUGUCUCAGCCUCCAGCCCACAUUGGUGAAGGAGAACCCAGAUCUUCUAGAAAGCAUGGACUUCAAUGGAACAUGGCAGGUCUACUCCCAGGAGAACUACGAGGAGUUCCUCAGGGCCAUGGAACUCCCAGAAGAUAUAAUUAAGAUGGCCAAGGACAUUAAGCCAAUUACUGAGAUCAAGCAGAAAGGCAAUGACUUUGUUGUCACCUCCAAGACCCCUGGAAAGUCUGUGACCAACUCCUUUACCGUCGGCAAGGAGGCUGAGAUCACCACCAUGGACGGCAAGAAGCUCAAGUGCAUUGUCAAUCUGGAGGGUGGCAAACUGGUUUGCAAUACCGGAAAGUUCUGCCACAUCCAAGAGCUUAAGGGAGCUGAGAUGGUAGAGACUUUGACCAUGGGUUCAACAACUCUCAUCAGGAAGAGCAAAAAGAUGUAAACUUGGCAGUGAAGAAACCAAUGUCUAUUUAAAUAAAAGUGUUGCUUAGUAA